AAACAAAGGAAAAGGAAAGGAACGAACGAAAAGAAGAAAGAGAGAGAGCGAGAGAUCAAAGGGAAAGUAGUCUCGAGGAAAAAGAAAGAGAAGAAGAAGGAAUCCCCUCCCCGCCUCCCCUCCCUCCCUCUUUCCAAUCCUCCCGAAGGCUCAUCCCCAUAUCCCUCCUCCUUCCUUCCCCGCCAACUGUAUCUCUCUCCAUUUUUUAACUUAUAUCUUUCUCCUUUUCGACGAAGAUCUGAUCGGAAAAAUUUAAUAUAUUAUAUAUUUUCUCUCACCCUUUUACGGAAUGGGUUUUCUUCAUAAGUUGUGGGACGAGACGUUGGCCGGCCCGACUCCCGAGGCCGGCUUGGGAAAGCUCCGGAAGUACAACUCCUUCUCCUCCUCUUCUUCUUCUCACAUUGCUCCGCCGCUUCCGGGUAUUCGUAUCGGCCGUGCGCCUCCAUUGGUGGUUACACGAAGCAUUACCAUGGCCAGGAGCAACCGGUUUGCUUACAAUAAUAGUUCAGGUGUUGAAGAUUCUCCUCUUGCUUCUCCAAAUACCAAUGAAUCCCCUUUGUCGUCAUCCACCCCUGGCUCGCCUUCCACUCCUGAAUCACCAGGAGGUGGUGGAGGAGGAAGGUACAAUCAUCAUUUCCAUUCCAAGCGAAUGGCAAGGCGAAAACCCUCUUCACCUUCAUCUUUCUUCGGAGAGCCUCGUUGAUUCUUCACGGCUCUAAAUAUGUAUGAACAAAGUGCAUUUGGAUCGUAGAGAAAGAUCAAAAUCCAAAAUAUAUAGUAAAGGCUCUUCUUCACUGCACCAUCGAUCUCCAUGUGAGAUCACAGAACUAAGGUUAUGUAUAUACUUCAGAUGACAAAUUUGUGUAUAUAUAGUGUAUAUAUACCUUCUACUGUAAAAAUGUGCAAAUUCAAGCAACUCUCCCAUUCUAUAGAUGCGCAUGUACUUUGUUAUAAACACAGAAGGGUGUACGUA